AUUAUUAACAAACAACGACAGUUGCAUCGAUAUGUUAGCAGGCUUCUGCUAUUGCAGGCCGCCAUCGCUGACAACAACAACAACAACAACAACAAUCAAUCGAAAAGCGCGAGUAAGAGCAGACCGUAAGGCAUGCAUCCAACAUUACAACAAUAUUAUCGGAAAGGGGAAAGGUUGAACGUGUUUUGUGUUGUGAAGCGGGCGACAAAUGCCUCUCUACGUUAUGCGAGUGCGAAUGAUACCGCUGCCGUUUCCGAAUGUGUGUGCGCCCUGUGUUUUUACACCCGCGGCUGCCGUUCCUAUCUGUGUUGUUUUGGUUUUGAUGGUUGUGGCUGCCGCCGUUGCCGUUGCCGCCGCCGCUCCCGGUUCCUCUAAGUUCGGCGCCGUGACGGCGCUUCUCUUACGGCUGAUCGAGUUUGUUUGGUAGUGGUAGACGGACAUUCCUCGGUGCUGGUUGAUCCGUGUUUCGAGUUCCAUCUGGCAUUAGAACUCUGUCCCGAAGUCGCUAGUUGUAGAUUAUAGCGUUGAUAGUAGUUAAUCAGUGCUUUGACGCUAGCCUUCGUCAUGUGGGUCAGAUAAAGAACAGGCGGCGGGGGUGCUGGUGGAAACCCAGAAAAAAAAAUUGCAGUGAGCAAUGAUGAUAUGAAGAGGAUAGUAAAUUCUCAAAGAAGAGCCACUGAAAGGCAAGCCUAUACUGUAACCAAGAUUCUACGUGCGCCGAUGCAUUGUCUCUCUACCAUUGUCCCAUCUGUAGCUGUAAACAACCGAAGCCCUGUUGGUUUACGCCGUGUAAUUCGACAAAUUUUAUCAACAAUCAUUGACGUUGAUACUGCCACUACAAAUUCUACUUUAUAUUGUCAUCGCACAUCGCCGCACGAAGGCGGUAGGUAGGACUUGGCCACGAUCAUUUGCUACUAUAAGGAGGGAGCUGGAGCAAGUUGUCGUGGGUGUGUUGCAGAAAAGCAGAGAAAGGAUCCACACAUUAUUAUUAUUAUUGUUAACAUUUUUAUUGCUGAUCCAAAGAUAACUAGUGGUGUGCAGUCGAAAACUGCUAUCGUUUCAUAGAGACGCCACGGUGUCCGAGAGAGCAAAGCAUCGCUUACACAACAAAGAUCUUGUACGACGACACAUACACCCAACGCACUAGCAUCGGAAGUCAAUGGAUAGUGGCCGUGUGCUGGCGGUGCUUUCAGUAAUGCUGUUUUUUGUGUCUACUGCUGAGAACAACGUAAGUCGUGGGUAUCGUUCGUUGUGUCCUAUGUGUCUAUGAUACUGACCGUACUUACUAUCGGUUUCUACAUAUAUAACACUGUCAAAGGUGGUGCUUUGGUCUCUUUUGCGAGGGCAGCUACCCUAGGUGCUCGUUUUUGGUGCCUGUGUUCGUGGAAUUCUUGAUGCUGUCGUUGUGAAGUAAUGAAGAAGUGAUCGUACCGAAAGUGAGUGUAUAAUGGCGGUAGCAAGUCCAGCAUCGAAAUCGGCUUUUUGAGUAAAAUAUUUUUCAGACACGUUCUGAACAAACAUGGUUCUCCUCAGGCAGGCCGGCAGGACAACGUCGAUUAACGGGUCUAAAAGAGGGCGACGGACCAACCGGCCUUUUAAGAACUAACAUCUUGACCCAAGGAACGAAUUUAAACGAAUAUACGUGUUGGUGGCAGCAGCAGCAGCAGCAGUAGAAAUAGUGAAGCAAGAUUCACGAGCCAAUCACUCCGAAUCAUUAGUCGAGAGAAACUCAUCUCAACAAGAUAAUACCAUUAGUUUCCGUUGAUAUGCCUCAUGUUGUUGUCAGUGGAAUAGUGUGGCUGCCAAUUAUUCUGUGUUGACGUUAGCACAGCAUAUUUUCGUCUACAGAAGCAACGAAAAAAAGAAGUUCCACGCCAACGGACAACAUAAACAAAAAAAAUAUGGUGAAACUCUUCAAACCAAGUUGGGUUAACCAUGAUGGCAAUCCGAUCUUUUCAGUCGACGUUCACCCGGACGGAAGCCGUUUUGCAACGGGAGGUCAGGGUCAAGACUGCGGGCAGGUGUGCAUAUGGAAUAUGGGUCCUGUGUUACGAGCCGACGAGGAGAAAAAGGAUAGCAUACCGAAGCUGUUCUGUCAACUGACUAAUCAUCUUGCCUGCGUUAAUUGCGUUCGCUGGUCUCACGACGGCCGUUUUCUAGCUUCGGCUGGUGACGAUAAAACAAUCAUCAUUUGGCAGAUCGGUCGCACAAUUAGCGGACCCGGAUCAUAUGGCGCUGCAUUUGGAAAGGCUAAUGUCGAACAGUGGAGAACCGUGGCUUGUCUGAAGGGCCACGAUGGAGACAUUCUUCAUGUGGCGUGGUCUCCUGCAAGCGACGAAUAUAUUGCAUCCUGUUCUGUUGACACAACAGUCGUUGUGUGGAAUACUCGUCGAUGGCAUGAACGUGUAGCCGUUCUUCGAGGACAUCAAGGAUUUGUCAAGGGCGUCUGUUGGGACCCAUUAGGGAAGUACGUAGCGACGCAAAGCGAUGACAAAACUGUGCGACUUUGGCGAACGCACGAUUGGCAACAGGAGUGCGUCAUUUCAACACCUUUCGAAGAGACCGGCGGUACAACUCAUGUUUUGCGCUUAAGCUGGUCACCGGAUGGUCAGUACGUUGUGUCAGCACAUGCGAUGAACAACGGCGGACCGACAGCUCAAAUCAUUGAACGGGGCGGCUGGCGAACCGUUAAGGAUUUUGUUGGUCACCGGCGAGCAGUCACGGUGGCCCGAUUUUUUCCCAGUAUACUUAAAUCAGCCACCAGCACAACGAAUUCUUCUGGCGAUAGCAAACAGUAUCUUGCGGACAUGUUCAACUGUUUGGCGAUCGGAUCUCGGGACCGUUCUGUGUCCAUAUGGCGUAACGAUCGUAAGCGUGCACUCUGCGUUGUACAUGAUCUCUUCACGAAUUCAGUCGUUGAUUUGGCGUGGAACCCGCUCACGCAACAGCUGUUGGCAUGUUCGUCCGAUGGCAGCUUAGCGGUACUUGACUUUUCGGCUCAUGAACUUGGCAAGGCAGUCACCCAAGAAGAGCAAACCGGCCUUUUUCAACGUCUGUACGGCCUUGAAGGUGCCGGGCAAGCGGGGCAACUGGCAGGAUUGGGUCUCAAUACUUUACUUGUGGAGAAUGUCGACGUGUUAAAGGCACAUGGGAAAGCUAAAACCAAUGGAGUGACUCCGACGACAGCUGUUCCUCGAACGGAUGUCUCACAGACAACACAAAGUAACCCGUCUAUGGUUUCUUCUCAACGUUUGGCGAAAGGUCCCACAGAUCGACAGAUCGAAACAAUUCUUCCCGAUGGCCGACGUCGCAUAACCCCAUUGUACAUUCCUCUGGACUCGGUCGGACCUGAGGGUGGCGAAGGCGGACCUCCAUUGACAUUCAGCAGUUCCAGACAAGAGAAAUCCAAAAUUCUUGUCGAGAAACGGGAAAACUCAUCUUGCUCCCUGCCCCCGGUACCAGCUACUGUAGCGACACCCCAACCGCAAGUGUGUUCCGGCCCAGACCUUACUAUCGCCCCUAGCAAGCAGAACCAGUCUUCUCAGGUCUCACAAAAGCCUUCACAGCCGCCACAACAGCAGCAACAACAACCACCACCAGUUCAUACACAACAAAUGACUCAACCGGGUCCGGUAAUAGCGAGCAAUGCUGCUGUCGAUGGAAAGGCAAAGCCGAAGAGAAUUCGGCCGACAUUGGUUAGUGCUCCUGGCGGCCAGCCUAUUGGCACCAACGGACUGCAAAGCAUCUCUUAUCAGGAUAAUGCGUCCCCUACCCCAAUUCAAUCGGAGGAUGUCAACGCUCAGCAAAGAUUCUCCAGCGUCACCGCCGCCGCCGUUAGUCAUCAGGUAUCUGGUCCUAUGCAGCUACCGGUUAAUGGAGCUCUUGUGCUUGGCGCACAAGUAUACCCCGCAUUGCAGCUUCGUCAGCCGUGUGUGAUAAAUAUUGAAUUAGGGCUGACCGUGCAAAUUACGAUCAACAUCCCUGUAGCGGGCGGAUGGACGAUGUCACGCAUUGUGUGCACCAAAAUUGUCACCGGAUCAACAUCCGCUACCGAAGGUGCCCCGAUAUCGCAAGAGUUGUGGGACACGGUCCUAGAGGGGCGUGUCUGUGCGGCGGCUGCUUCCGUCAAUCUGACGGCGUUGGUUGAUUCCGAGGGUCACCUAGUACUUUUAUGCACUCGAUCUGGUCGCAGAUUGGUAUCUCCUCUGGUAUUGUCUGGCCAAGCGGCCAUGAUAACCUGCCGAGGCUGCAGAAUCGCGGUGCUUACGGUGGAUGGAAUGCUCACUCUUUAUGAGGUUUCAAGACCCGAACCGGAAAUAGGCGUGUCAUCCAGGGCUGACGCACCGAGCAGUGAAUGCAGUUAUUCUGCCAGCCUUGCUAGUCUGGUUUACGGAGAUGGGCGCGGUUGUUAUCGACGUUUGUUGUCGGAAAGUGUUCGAUCAAUUAUGAGUGCCAACAAAUCGGCAACACUGCGUUCACUUGAUCUUCUACAGCCUCAAGGACUUCCGUUGCUGUCACUUUCCAAUGGUCGUAACUACUUCUUCGACCAGGAGGCUUCGUCGUGGAGUUUGAUAAGCUGGACUAGCGGCGUGAUUAGUCGAUGUUCAGAUCAUUAUGCCGCGCUACCUGUGGAUAGCACCCCGAAUCAGAAGGGACCUUUAGAACGAAUACAAGGAUCACUUCUUCGGUCUACCGCUAGCCGCACGAUGAGCAGCCUCCAAGCGAACCCAUCGAUACAAAGGUCGGCAACUCUUGCCUUUCUGGAAAGCGAACUCAACGGAGCUCGUGUUCUGUCAUCACCGAGUGAGUUCCGCUUCUGGGCAUUGGCCCUUGUGCGUUUCUUGGCCUCUGAAGGCCUUGAAGCACGACUUCGAUUGGCGUUGGAUGACAUCAUUGCUGCCGAUGGAUUUCACAACGAGACCGAGUUAAGUUCUGUCAGUGCACGCCAGAUGCUCGCGGACGUCCUUCCUGUUAUAGCGGCCAAUCUGCGAUUGCAGCGCGUCUACCUUGAAUACAAACAGCGAUUGGAGUUGCUUCAAGGGGCCAGAACGCACGGCAAACUGCCGCGCGUAAGUUCACUACGUGCUCGGCAGGCCGCGGCCGUAGCGAAGCCUCCACGGCGACCUAGUCCACAACCGGAGAAUGUUUCUAUUGCCGUCGGCGGCGUGGAGAACGGGACGUCAGGCGCCGGAACUGGAACAACUACGCCUAAACAACCGACUCCUGGUGUGCAGCCAAGAAAGAGAGGUCGUCCUCCAAAGAAUCGUGGUAUUUCAAAAAUUGCACGUGUAGAACAGAGGGCGGAACCCGUAGAAGAAACUGAGGUGGAUGCGCAAGGUCCGUUAGCUAUAAACGGUACGGUACAAGAAAACAACAACCACAACAACAACGGAUGCACGACCCAAGCUGGGAGUACACUCACGAAUGAAGUGAAAGAAGUUCUCACUCACAAACAACUAAAUGGUGAUAACAAUAGCAGCAGUACGAACGAGAUCGAUGGCGAUGAUCGAAAAAUAGAGUCAACAAGCAAAGAUGCACCAACAGCAGCAGUGGGGGAUUUGGUUAUCACAGAAGCCAAUGGCGGUAAAAGUGGCUCGCCGUCGAUGGCAACAAGCGGGGGCUCCGUCUGCCGGGUUCUUCAAGGAGUUCUCAAAGCUAUUGAAAAGGAGGAGGAGCGCGAACAGCGUCAGGAUCAUGACGACACAACGAUACCCUUGGUAACCAGUCAGCCCAUAUCAGCAGCAGACGCUGCAGCAGUAGCAACAACAACAACAACAACAACAACAACGGCAACAACAGCUGUUCUAACUGAAACAGCAAACACUGCCACCAGUAUAGCAAACGGCAGCUAGGUAACCGCCGCCGCUAGCUUGCGUUAGUUUUAUUCUAAUCUAUUCUACGACGAGUUUGAUAUAUCAGUGACAUCGAAGAGACACACUCAGUCUCAUGAACUCCCUCAAAGGACAGGGGAAAAAUAGCAGGUCAAACGGGGGUAAAUCGUAACAAAUUUAACUCUGCUUUAUAGUUACCCGAAAAAGUCGACCUCAACUUAUUUAUUCUGCUUAAUGUAAUGACCAACAAGCAAAGUGAGCGACCUCGAUAUAUUGUAAAUAAGUACAAACAGACACACACACACACAUACACACACGUAUAUAUAUAUAUAUAUAUAUACAUAGGUAAAAGAUAUGUAUGUCGUAGCUAGACAGAUAAAUACUAUAUCCUUAGCUAGGGUUAUCUUAUUACAGAGCAAAUCAAUAUCUGAAAUUGAUAAAGUAAUCAACAAUAAACGUGGGAGAGAAAAUUGCGGGUAUGACAGAUCCGCCUGUUUUACUAUCAGAACAGAAAAGUGGAUGAGGGUAUAUCUUCACUCCGCCAAAUGUAUCAAUAGACAUGAUUAUCUUCGUGAUGAUCUGAUUGUACAGACAGUUACCAUUAGUUACUUGGCGCCCUGCGCCGUGUCCAACUGCUCAGUAGCGAAAUAUCCUGAACAGUGGAUGCGUACGUUGGCGCCUCGAGAUUGUAUAUUUUCUUUCGGUGUCAAAGAUCCAAGACUCAAUGAAUAUUGACAAAAAACAUAGCCUGCAUAAUAAUAAACAUCUAUGUUUUUUAAGUGCUGCGGUCUUCUGGUAGGCUGCCUAAAAGCCGCGCCAGGCUAUCCGUGAUCAUAAUGACUAAAUCUCCAUGUAUGAUUACCUUGCAAAACGGUUACAACAUCAUGCAUACGUUGCCGAAGAAAGACACCUACGGACAAACUGCAGCAUCCAUCGACUGUAGUUGUAGCAAAAUUGGCGAAUCGAUGGGCAAAGGUGUUUCAACAAUGCAUUGUGAAAAUAGUACGAUGAAUGUGCUGCAUUACUUUCUGCUAUCAGUGAUUAGGAUUUUCUCAGUGGUAAUCACAGUUUUCCAUGGCAAAUUGUCGGAAUACAACACAUUUUGUACAAUAUAUUCAUAAUAAAUACACGCGGCACCGGGCAGUAUUUGCAAGUGUAUCGAAUAGGGCUAGUAUUUUUUUUUCUAGUAAUAUUAGACAAACAACCUUGCUAUUUUCUGCGACACUACAUUGUAACGGGCUGACUCAAAUCUGAUUCCAGAAACAGAGAGCUUGCCUCAAUGUGCAAGUUUAUGCCAAAUGAUCUUGUAAUGCCUUAACUGUGUAAUAAUAUAAGUUUUCCAUCAAACUGAAUCGUAACGUUUGUUAUAUGCUUGUAUUUAUCAUGAAUAUUAGCUGUACAUUAGCUUUUCCAUAAAUGAGUUGUUCAAUGACAACAAGUUCUUUUCUAUAAUAGCGAUGCAAACCAUAUGUAUUUGAUCACUCCUCGGAAUAUCGGAAAUUCUCAAAUCUAUUUUUGCCCAUAUAUUAUUCCAUUAUCAGCUCAGGUCUCGAUUUGAUUUGAACUAUUCCUGCGCCUAUUGCUGUUUCUAAUUUAGGUGGCAUCUCAAUCCUUGCUAUCUGGCUUUCUUUUUUACCCUGCCGGUAAGACGUAUUUUUCAUUCAAAAAGUUACAUUCUCAUUUUCAAUAACAUAAUUUUUACCGAAUUCACCAAUUUGCUUCAUUAACAAACAACUAAGUGUUGCCAAUAUGCAACCAUUUUAGAUCAGCUAUCAACUAUUAUAGACGCUUAAAUACAUUCAUAAGGGUGAUAAAUAGAGAACCAAGGCUUGUUUAAAUAUAACCUGUAAAUAAACCUUGUGUAUGUAAAGAUAACUGUCUGACGAGUGUAACUGUGUAAGUGGUUAGAAACCUACGAAGGAAAAAGGCCGAGUCAAUCAACGAAAUUAACAACGCGUAAUAAUUAAAUCUGUGACGAAAGUACCUACUGGCUGCCGUAUCAUACUGCCGAUAAAUAAAAAAAAACUG